AUGGAUGAGGCCUCGAGUUCCGAGGCCGUCGCCGCGCCUACCCUUUCACCGUCGCCUGAAAAUGUUCUGUUCAACAAGUACGAGCUCGGGAAGCUCCUCGGCUGCGGCGCCUUCGCCAAGGUGUACCACGCGCGUGACAUCUCCACCGGCCGGAGCGUGGCCGUGAAGGUCGUCAGCAAGAGCCGCCUCAACGGCAACGCCACCCUCGCCGCCAACAUCAAGCGCGAGAUCUCCAUCAUGCGUCGCCUCGACCACCCCCACAUCGUGAAACUCCUCGAGGUCCUCGCCACCAAGGCCAAGAUCUACUUCGUCCUCGAGUUCGUCAAGGGCGGCGAGCUCUUCGCCCGCGUCGCCAAGGGCCGCUUCCCCGAGGACCUCGGCCGGAAAUACUUCCAGCAGCUGAUCUCCGCCGUCGGAUACUGCCACCUCCGCGGCGUCUACCACCGCGACCUGAAACCCGAGAACCUCCUCGUCGACGAGGCCGGCGACCUCAAGGUCUCCGAUUUCGGGCUCAGUGCCUUCCGCGACGACCAGAUCCGGCCCGACGGCCUCCUCCACACGCUCUGCGGCACCCCCGCCUACGUGGCGCCGGAGAUCCUCGCCAAGCGGGGCUACGACGGCGCGCGGGUGGACGUCUGGUCGUGCGGCGUCGUGCUCUUUGUCCUCACGGCAGGCUAUCUCCCUUUCAACGACCCUAAUUUGAUGAGCAUGUACAAGAAAAUCUACAAAGGCGAGUUCCGGUGCCCGAGGUGGAUGUCGCCGGAGCUCAAGCACCUACUAUCCCGGCUCCUCGACACGAAUCCCGAGACCCGAAUCACGAUCGACGAGAUUAAGCGCGACCCGUGGUUCCAACCGGGCUACCGGGAGGUGAAACGUGAAAGCAACGGGCUCGUUUUGAAGGAAGAGGAGCAGAAGCUUCUAGAUCUCAACGCAUUCGACAUCAUCUCAUUUUCGCGCGGGCUGGAUUUGUCGGGCUUGUUCGAUGAGAAAUUCAAGGCCGCAGAAGAUGUGGACAGGAUAACGGCGGCCGGGUCGCCGGAGAUGGUUAUGGAGAAGGUGAAGGAGGCGGUUGGGACGGAAGGGAACGGUGGGCUGCAGCUGAGGAGGACCAAGGAAUGUGGGGUGGACUUGGAGGGGCAAAAUGGUAAUUUUGUUGUCGGGCUCGACGUGUAUCGGUUGACCGACAAUUUGGUGGUGGUGGAGGUGAAGAGGAAGGCCGGGGAUGCCCGGGCUUUCUCUUCGUUAACCAUAGACACAGCUCAGGGAAAGAAAAACUAUCUGCUGAUCAGUGUUGUCAUAAUCGAGUAUACAUUAGUUGUAAUACCCGGUGUGGAUUAUAAGAUUGAUAUGGAUAACCGAGGAAAUAUACUGAUGCAAAGAUACGAGUUGGGCCGAUUACUAGGUCAAGGCACCUUCGGGAAAGUCUACUAUGCCAGAAGUGUCCAGACAGGCCAGAGUGUGGCCAUCAAAGUUAUCGACAAGGACAAGAUAACCAGAGUCGGGAUUAUCAACCAAAUCAAACGUGAAAUCUCUAUAAUGAGGCUCGUCCGCCACCCAAACAUCAUUUACCUGCACGAGGUCAUGGCCACGAAAACUAAGAUAUACUUCGUGAUGGAGUAUGCUAAAGGAGGCGAGCUUUUUGACAAGCUGUCCAGGGGCAAGCUUAAAGAGGACGUGGCUCGAAAAUACUUCCGACAGCUGAUUAACGCUGUCGACUUCUGCCACAGUAGAGGCGUUUACCACCGCGACCUGAAGCCCGAGAAUCUUUUGUUGGAUGAGAAUGAGAAUCUGAAGGUCUCCGAUUUUGGGCUGAGUGCCCUGGCCGAGUCGAGACGGGCUGACGGGCUUCUGCACACCACGUGUGGGACCCCUGCCUACGUGGCACCCGAGGUUCUCGAUAGGAAAGGGUAUAAUGGUACAAUGUCCGACGUUUGGUCUUGUGGGGUCAUCCUUUUCGUCAUGCUUGCCGGUUACCUCCCUUUUCAUGAUACGAAUCUGAUGGAGCUGUACAGGAAGAUCGGAAAAGGUGAGAUUAAGUUUCCGAGGUGGUUUUCCCCCGAGGCCCGGAGGCUGAUAUCGAGAAUACUCGACCCGAACCCGAAUACCCGAAUCACGAUCGCGAGAAUCCGUACAAGCACUUGGUUCAGACGGGGACUGUCAGUGAAUGAUUUUUCGGAAAAUAAUGGGACGAGUAAUAUCGGUGCCGAGUCGCAAGACGUCCCCAGGGUUUCGAAUUUGAACGCGUUUGAUAUAAUAUCACAGUCGAAUGGGUUUCGUCUCUCGAGAUUGUUCGAGGAGUCUUGUAGGAGUAGAGAAAUGAGAUAUGUCUCGUGGAGGCCCGUGAAUGUCAUAAUUUCCAAGCUGGAAGAGAUUGCCAGGCGUAUGAGGCUGAGGCUUAACAAAAAGGACGGGGGACUGUUUAGGUUUGAGGGGUUGAAGGAAGGUAGGAAAGGAGUGUUGUCGGUUGAUGCCGAGAUAUUUUCGCUCGCGCGUGGUCUGCAUAUGGUCGAGGUCCGGAAGAAUAGUGGGGACACGUUGGAGUAUGAGAAAAUGUUGGAUGAGGGUAUAAGGCCUGGUCUUGAUGAGAUUGUUUGGCAUUCGCAGGAUGGGCCUCGGGCCCAGCAGGAGGAGCGGCCCGAACAGGGGCAGGACCAAGUUACUUGA